AUGGUCAAAACAUUGGUUGAUCUGUGCACUACCGUGUGUAUCAAAAACGUCAAAGCGCUUCUCAUCCUACCAUUUAUUUUCCACCCACAAACGCUGUAUUCUUUUCCCAAUUUACCACAGCGCACGAUUGUUGUUUCACCUACAAGUUUUAUAAACAACACUAACAUAAUGGGCCCUUCGCUAGACAUCUCCGACGUAGGUAGCGCGCCUUACAAGAUUCUUCGCUCUAUCCUUUUGAAGAUCGACAAUCCCGCGCAACUGCGAGAAGUGGAGGAGAAAUCUCCCCACAUCCAAGGCGAUGACGCCGAAUUAAAGAAGCACAACUUCGAACCACGCAACCCUACCCUAUGGUACAAAAUAUACGACAAAUAUAAGAAGAUCGAAGUUGAGGAGAAGCGCGCCGCGUUGGAGAAGUUGACUUCUAGCCUGAAGACCAUUAAGAAGGAGAAGCAGGAGAAGGCCAGCAAGGUUAUCAACUAUGACGCAAGGAUCCUCGGUCCCGCCCCAGGUCGUCGCAAAGGCGUGGGCGGACGAGAGGUCGCUGGCGUGGGCGGUCUUCGAUGGGGUGGUGGAUCGCGAACCAAGACGACAUCGGCCCAGAGCAUUAUGCAGAAGGCUAGACGGGAGGCAGCCGAAAUCAGUCGCCGAAAUAAGCUCAUGACUCCCACCGGCCAACUACCGGUCCGACGGGGACAGAUCGUUCAAGCUCCGCUUGGUAUGCGAGAGGAGCAUCGGAUCAAGACUCUUCCUACUAUGCCUACCGCAAGGAGAAUUCAAGCGCCCCAGUCGCGUACCGGAGAGCGCUGGGAGCGAGAGCAGAAGGAACGCGAGGCUCGGUUGCUCAAAUUGAAGAACGGAACUACUACGAAGAAAACGACUAUUAUUUCGGACGACGAAUUUGAUGAAGACGACCAGUUCGACGACGACGACGACGACGACGACGACGAUGAGGUCCAGGAAGGGGGUGGUUUGAAUGUUGAAGAGUUGGAGGAUCUAUUUGACGACGACACGCCUUCUACAUCAAAUGCCCCUAAACCCACGAAGACUGCCGCGAUGUCUUCUCAAAACAAGCCCUCCUCGCACUCAUCCCUCCCCAGCUCUAACUCUACUCGCGCAUCUGGUUCAUCCGGUCUCGCUGGGAUGAAGAUGGGUCACUCCUGGAAGAACAACCCUAUGAGAGUUGUUCCCGUCGAGUCACCUGCGCAAAAGACGGCUUCCAAGUCAUCAGCAUCUUCUCCGCCGCCGGCCAGAUACACGGCAUCUUCUCCCCCUCUACGGCCCUCGAUGUCAUCGAAAGCAGCUUCCUCGCAUCCUCCCGCAGGGGGCUCUACCUAUGCGAGCACCGGUAGCUCAAGCGCCGACCUUAAACCCAAGCCCAAACCUAUGCUUGGGCAGAAGCGAAAGGAUCCGCCUAACAUCUUCAUGAAGCCGAAGCCGAAGAACCGACGAAUGUCCUAA